CCUGCUGCUCCGGAAGCGACAUGGUGGCUGUGUUUACUGCUCCAACUUGGCUGUGAUUCUGGGGGGGACAUCGUAAGCUUUGUUCAUGGUUGGCGUUGCCAAAAAACACAUCCGAGCCAAUAAGGGAACCAGCUGGCAUUUCAGUCGGACUAUGGAAGAGCUUGUCCACGAUCUGGUGUCGGCACUAGAAGAGAGCUCUGAGCAGGCCAGAGGAUGUUUUGCUGACACAGGUGAUCAUUCCCGCAGCAUCUCCUGCCUCCUGAAAAGGCAAGCGAGAAAGAGAAGAGGAAGGAAGAGGAGAUCAGACAACACUCAUCAUCCAUGGGAAACGGGGCAUGGAUUAAGCGAUGGCUCAGAUUCCAGCCUUGAAGAACAGAACAAGGAUUACAGAGAAUGUUUAAGUAAUAAAAAAGACAGCGACUCGGAUGACCAGUUGUUACUUGCAAAGAGGAGACCAUCGUCAAACAUAAACAAUAUGCGGAGUAAAAGGCCCCUCUGGCAUGAGUCAGACUUGGUUGCAGAUACUUUGGGGAGCAGGACCUUACGGAGAAGGAGAAAGGUGAAGCGGAUGUCAAUAGAUCCACCAGCAGAGGUCACUAGUAUGCUGACUCUAUCACAAAGCCGCGAUCAAGCAAUGGAUAAUGACUUGAGGCAUUACCAACACCUUGAGAUUACUAAAAGUAAAGUUAAAAAAAGGAAAAUUGCAUUUCCAAGGAAUGGACCUGAGGUUCCAGACGAGGGAGUUGUUGUGGAAGGAGAGGAGCUGAGUCACACAAAUAAAGAUAAAAUGGAAUAUGAAGAGCAGAAGGGCUCGGAUGAGAAUAUGAGUGACAGCGAAUCGAGCAGCAUAAGCAGCAGCGAUGGCGGUUUGUUUACCAAUGAUGAGGGUCGCCAAGGUGAUGACGAGCAGAGCGACUGGUUUUAUGAAAGUGAGUCUGGGGGAGCCUGCGGCAUCACUGGCAUCAUCCCUUGGUGGGAGCAGGAAGACACUGCUGGACUAGAGAGAGAAUUACCUGAUCCAGUCUUUGAAAGCAUCCUCACAGGCUCGUUCCCCCUCAUGUCCCAGACUGCUCAGAGAGGUUUCCAGGCCAGACUGAGUCACCUUCAUGCAAUGCAAGCAAGGAGCGUUCGAAAAUCUGCAGGAAACCCAAAUCCUCUGAUUAACAAUCAAAGUAACGAGAGGCUUGUACACUUUUCCCAGGAUCCACAUCACCAUGACCAUUGGUUUAGCCCUGGAGCAAGAAAGGAACAUAGUCAGCUACUUCGUGAUAACCGCUCAGACCGAGGGCAUAAGAAAAAUUGCUCUGUGAAAACAGCCAGCAGACAAACCAGUGUCCAUUUAGGAUCUUUGUUCAUGGGGGACAUCAAACGGAGAAGAAAAGCUGCCCCUCUGCCAGGGCCAACAUCAUCUGGAUUCAUCGGUGAAAAUUCCCAACCUAUUCCAGAUAGUAACAUAGGAAAUCGCAUGCUCCAGAACAUGGGUUGGUCUCCUGGAUCAGGACUGGGACCUGAGGGCAAAGGAAUUUCUGAACCCAUAAGGGCGAUGCAGAGACCAAAGGGACUUGGACUUGGAUUUAGCUGAUAUAAAUCUAUGUGAUAAACAUCUCAUUGAUUCCUGGGAAACAAGAGUUCUUUAUAUUUCAUCACAUUUUUUUAUUUUUUUCUCUAACAAAAGUCUGCAGGCAAAAAAGUAAAUUACAAGUCUGACCGCACUACCAGAGGUGGUCUUUGUAUUUUACAUGUAAUUAUUCUAAGUUAAACACCUACACUGCCCUGCACAUUAACCAUUUUAUUUUCAUCCCAAAAAAUCAGCAUUUUACUGCAUCGCUAGUACAGCUCUUUACAUUUACACAUAGCAGAAAGUUAAAUAUUCAAAGUUCAGCUAUCCCUGCAUAAAGGACUUUGGUCUCUGCUACAGUUAACACCACAUUAUUUUCUAAAGGAAAAAACAUGUAAUGCAGAAGUAAUAUUUUGCUGGUCUCCUAUUAGUUUUUAACAUUAAAAAUGCUCAAAGUCUAGAAAUGAUAUGUUCUCUAGGUGAGCAUGCGUAUGACUUGUAUGAAGAAGCUACACUCUAUUCUGACAACUUAGAGCUAAAGGAAUCUUUGUACCACAUUGCUCUUUCAGUACAUUUAUUGGCUAGUGUAAGACGCAUCAUACUGUAAAUGACAAUCUCCUUCUUUGAAAGUAUUUAUCCAUAAUCCUAAUCUGUCAUUAAACCCUUAGCCAGUUCCCUGCUUGUUGGAUGCAACAAAGUCUGUGAAGCAAUAUAAUUUACCACAAUCAUUUGCAUUUGUUAAAUCUCUCACACUUCUGUUGAGCCAUGACAAUUGUUUGUGGUUAUAUGUCCUCUUAAAGGACCACUAAAGUCAAAAUUAAACUCUAAUGAUUCACAGAAAAUGUGCAGUUCCUAAUGAGCACGUGCAAAAGUCCACUGUGCAUACAGAUAUGCAUCUUGUGAUUGGCUGAUGGCUAUCACAUGAUACAGGAGGUUGGUAAUGUAAGGAAAUUUUGAAAUUUGUCAGAACAAAAUCUACUGCUAAUUUGAAAUUUAGAGUUAUUGCAUUGUUUUAUUAUUGUGCAAUUACUGAUUAGACAAUUCUACUUUAUUUAAUGGCCCUUUAACAGUGGAAUAGGUAUACAUUUCUCCCUGAAGUCUGAGGAUGAGAGACACCUGUGUGAAGGAAGGUAGACUGUGCUGGGGGUAUGUAUCAGCAAUUUUUUAAAAUUAUUUUGCACAGAAGAAAGAAGAACUGACCCCUUUAGGAACAGCACAUGUGCUACUGCAGGGUCUGCCACCCCCCUGACCGUUCUCUGGGGAUCCUCCUGUGACUUUGAAAUUAGCCUCAACAAACACUUCUAAAACCUUUUAGAAGAUUAUCCCUAGGGUCUCCCCAGUGAAAUUAUUGAUUGACAUAAAGCACAAAAUGUAUGUUAAAGCAAUCAGUCUGAAAUACAAGUUGCAAUAUUUCUCCUCUUAAGUAUUGUUGCUUUCUUCUAAAUUUCUUCCAAUUAACAUAGAAAAAACAACAAAAGACCAGAAAGCACAAUCGAAAAAGGGAUCUAACAGAUCAAGGAUGGCCACUGGCGUCCCAUGAAGGACCCUGCGGGGGGGAAAGCAGAGCAAAGAAUGUGCACCAUAGUUUUUGUGGCCCCAAGAAAACGCUUAAUUAAAUUGUAGGUUUUGGAGACUACUGGUGGGUGAGCAAACAGGUGGUCAUAGCUCAAAAGAGCCUGUUGGAGUGGAGGGGAACAACCGAUAGAGGGCACUCUUCACCCUCCCCUAAAUCUGGCCCUGUGCCACUUGACAUUUUUCUGAAAUAUAUUAUUAGUUCUGUGUUUUAUAACUAUAACCUUAUAGGGCCAUUAAAUACAAUAGAAUUGCCUAAUUAACAAAUGCAUAAUAAUACAAUAAUGCAAUGGCACUUGCAGUGAAUUUCAAAUGAGCAGUAGAUAUUUUUCACUGACAAAUGUAAAAAUUUGCUUAUAUUUCCUAUGUCGUGACAGCAAAUAAGCCAAUCACAAAAUGCAUAUACUGUGAACUCUUGCACAUGCUCAGUAGAAGCUGGUGCCUCAAAGUGUAAACAUAAAAAGACUGUGCACAGUUAGAUAAUUGAACUAAAUUUUAGAGAUCUUUAAAAUGGUAUGCUGUAUCUGAAUCAUGAAAGUUUAAUUUUGACUUUAGUGUUCCUUUAUUUUAACAUUUUGAUUACGGCACCCAGGUAUUAGGGUUAUGGGGAUAUUUACAUCAGGCUUGUUAUACACAAUGUUUCAGGUGUCUAGAUGAGCAGAAAUUAAUCUCUGCAAUAUCUGCAGUUAAUAUUCCUGCUUGUUUUAGCUCCUGGCAGAUUUCCUGAGUUGUCAGAAGGAAACAUUAUAUCUGAGGGGGAUUUUCUAGAGUUAGAGCUGAUAGCCACACGGAAAAGCAGCCAGUUAAGGUGAUAAAUCAGGGAUCCACAUACAUUUGUGUUGAGCCUCCAAGGGUUGAUCAUUGAUACCACAGAAGUUUUAUAUCUUUCUUCCAAUUGUUUUGUUUGAGCAAGUGAUUCAGAUGAUCAAGUGGGGCAAACAGGGGUUUCUGUCUUGUUUGUGAGAACUUUUUCAUAUCUUGUUAUUUGUCAGGACAAAAUCAUAGGUCAACGUUCAGAUUUCUGAUCUUCUGGGUUAGUGUUAAUAUCUUUACACCCUUAAAGUGCUUGAACUGAUACCUUGGAUAGUGAUUUUCUUUUAAUUCUCAAGGGUAAAAUAUCUCACAUUAUGUGCUCCAUUUAUAAGGCUGGAGAUUUAGCUUCUAAAGGCUUUGUGGUGCAGACUCCCCCACAUGAGGCUUCAACUGCAACUCAACUGAGGUGAGAAGUUAGGUCACCGUGGAUUGUUCUGCAUAUGAUGAUUAACAACCACUGCUCCUACAGGAUUAGUUGUUUGGUAGCAAGGGUUGGAGCUGCACAAGUGUUUGCUUAUACAAUGAUAAGUUUGGCCAGCAAAUACUGCCUCAUUCUCUGUCUGGGAACCUUGUCCGCAAGUGUAUUUAUACAUAGAGGCCAAAGUAUCAGCCUAUUACAAAGUUUAGUCACCGAGGACAUGGAAGAUCCUUUAGAUAUCUGUAUCUAUUCCACAGAUUUUGGAUAGUCUCCAAAAAGUUAUGAUUAAAGGUUAAUCCAUUAGUUUGGGUAUCUGCAUUUCUCCAGUGAAACAUUCCAUUUAAUUAAGUUUUGACAUUCUUUCAGGCCUGAAAAUACUUUGUCCUGUCUUCAAAAGUUCAUCAGCUUCUUGUGCAUUAUUCGUUAUAAUCUUUGUACAAAGUAGUUGUAUAGUUUAAGAUUGUAUUCUGCUGAUGUCUUUGGUCAGACUGAAAAGUAUGUUUGACCAGAUAGCUCUAAUUUGUCUUCCUUCUUAAAGGGACACUGAACCCAAUUUUUUUUCUAUCAUGAUUCAGAUAGAGCAUGCAAUUUUAAGCAACUUUCUAAUUUACUCAAGUUCUUUUCAUUCUCUUGGUAUCUUUAUUUGAAAUGCAAGAAUGUAAGUUUAGAUGCCUGCCCAUUUUUGGUGAACACACUGUUGUUCUUGCUGAUUGGUGGGUAAAUUCACCUACCAAUAAACAAGUGCUUUCCAUGGUUCUGAAACAAAAAAAUAGCUUAGAUGCCUUCUUUUUCAAAUAAAGAAAGCAAGAGAAUGAAGAAAAAUUGAUAAUAGGUGUAAAUUAGAAAGUUGUUUAAAAUUGC